GGCAGGAGAGAUGCGUUCAGCCUCGGUGCACAACAGAACGAGAAAAGUGAGGGGGAGAAAAGGGGAGAAAAAGCAAAACGGGACAUGAAAACGGAUUUGCCAACUGGCAUCCCUCAGUGCAAGACUCGAUAGGACUGACUCAUUGUUUCUCUCUUACUCAUUCGGUCUCUUUUUUUCUUUCCUCUCUCUCUCUUUUUGUCUUCUCCCCUCCCUUCCCCCAAAACGGCACAGGCUAGUGUUUUCUCUCUCUUGCUCGCUCGCUCUCUGCUUACCUCUCCACGCACACACACAAUAUUUUGCUCGCUGCUGCUGGCUGGGCUUAUUAUUCUGCGCUCUUAUUGGUCGAACACGAUGCUUUAGAGCAAGCUCUGAUUAUUUGCCACUGGGAAUCCUGAAGCACUGAGGGGGUGCUGUCUACUGAGGUUCAUUUUUCUCAAAUGUUUUAUUUUAUUUUAUCCUGGUAUUAGUUCGAGCUGCUGCCUAAACUGAAAGAACGACAGCGCAAUACCUGGAGAGGAACAACUUUAAAAUACAAAAUUGAGAUUUUAGGGAGCAUGCUCAGAAAAAUCAAGUUUUUGAGAAAGAACUUUUGUUCUCAAAGAAAUUACAGCAGGUGAAGUACCAGUCAAUUAGGUACGUUUCCUUUCUUGAGUGGCUUUUUUCAGCGGUCCAAGCUGGAUUCAGAUCAUGCUACCAAUACGAUCGGGGCACCACCGGGUCUGACCGUGAAUUCCCAGCUCCCAGAGAACGUCACUCCCACCUCGCUUACACGCAACAAAAGACCAGGAUUACUCCAAGCCAUGAAGAAAAUCUGGUCCAAGAAACGCUUUCAGAAAACCGGACACUCUAACCGAACAUUUGGGAGGUUCACUCAUGGUGUGUUUGGCUUUAUAGAUAUCAGCGAAGUUUUCCGCUCCUGUCGGAAGCAAAGUUAUGACUCUGAGACUACAGAAGACGAAGCCGCUGAGCCACAAAUACCCCUGGAAGCUAAAGAAGGAGCCAGAGGUUUUCAGGAUGAGGGCCAACGAGUGCAUGCAGGUGAGAGAAUGAUGGAUGUCGCCCCGGGUGCGAGCGAUCGCUGGGCCGCUGGUGAGACCACAGUGUUGGAGAAAGAAGCUCUAGCCCUGGGAUCAAGAGCUCCGGGGCCGCAAUCAGCCAGGCAAGCCAACAGCCGGGAGCCGACGGGCACCCAGAUCAGGCACCUAGGGGUCGAGCCUCUGAUUCGAGCGUCACGCGCCAAUCUAUCCCGACCGGGUUGGGGGUCUGAGGAAAGUGUGUCUUUAGCUAGCGAUUACUAUGGUAGCACGUUCAGUCUUUAUAGAGGAAGGACUUUUUCUGUACCCCUGUAAGUAAACCUUCCCAAGCUAAAAUAAAUCGCAAUUAGCCACAGCCCACAAUAAGCAGACCAAAACACAGAUAUAAAAAGAUCCCUCAUCAAUAGACGAACAACCACAAACCCCAUCACAGAGUCACAAGAGACCCUUGCUCUAACAUGGUGUCCCCUGGAAGUGCUAAAGAUGGGAGGGGACUGAGAACAAGACCCAGGCUGUAAUUCCUCCUCUGUCUCUCUUGGUAUCUGAGCUGUGCGUUUUGGUGGCCCCAUGAGGCAGCUUACAUCACCACAGGAAUGACAGAAGAUACAGUGAGUGGGCUCUCUGUGUUUGGAUGAGGUUCAGCUCUGCCCACAGAGUGAAAGGGCUGUGUGAGCUGCCAAAAGCCUUACAGUUAUAUGUGACUCAUUCAUUUGCAAGUGGCAGCACAGCAAAAGUUGUUUUUUUUAUAUACAUGUUUUUCAUUUUUGGAGAGCUUAUUUAAAAUGACACUAAACAACUUCAGUGGAUGCUCAUAUUAAUUUCCUAUUGUAAUACAGUAGAUAUAACUUUUAAAUGAUGUUAAUCUCAGAGAUUUGAUUGAGUCUUUUUUUUUGUUGCUGUGGUGGUUUGACGAGGGUUCAAAAUAUUCCUGGUUAUUUUUUAUUACAAAACGUUUUCCACUGCAUAUUGGUGACAAACAGCACAGAUGAUUUGUUACUCCAGAUGAGCCAAUCUGGAGUCAUAAUUUGUAUUCAUAUUUUGAUUUUGGUGGCUUAAUGCAAGGAAUAUUCAACAUAUAGUCGAUAAGUCAUCCAUCUAGUUGUAAAAGUUGAAGAUGUGUGAGCCGUGAUGAGUGUUUUCCUAUGUAGUCGUGUAUGUUUUGGAUUUGAAUUGCUUGUGCCACUUAUUUCAUUCUUAAAAAUAAAACUUAAACCGUGUUUUUUGUUGUUAGUUAUUGGACAAAAGCCAUUAUCUACUCACAUUUGAUGUUUGACGAGUUUUAUUUUAGGUGAAGUGUAAGUGUAGAUAUUGUUGGAAAAGAAAAGAGGGUGACUUAUUGUAUCUUCUGUGUCAUUCAUCGCUACGAAGCACUCUUCUUCACCCAUGUUUGAGCCAGGGUUGACUGUAACACUCUUAACACCAAACAUAACUCAAACUCUCCUUCAAAUGUUAGUUUUCUUAGCCAAUUAUAAACCAAAUUUUCAAAUUUCAUUCCACUCUGUUUAGCAUUGAACAAUACCAAGCUUUGCAUAUUUUUAAACCCGUUUGUUAUACUUUAGUUUCUGUUGUUUCCACCCUGUUGUUUGGUUCUGCUUUUGAUUUGCUGCUCAUUUGUAUCAUGAAUGUGUUAAACAGAGAUAUAUUGGUAAUGACGGGCUGUUCCUUUUUGUGCCUAACCUUAAAGAAAGGCAUGGCUCUGUCUAAGAGAGGGCAGACGCAGGGCAAUGUCAGGUAAUGAUCUGGCCUUUAAAGCAGCCAACUUAUUCUCUGUCAGAUCUGUGUCACAUCAUGUACAAACUGAGAUGCUGAGAGCACAAUGACCUUUUGUGCAGGUCAGAUUUUUUAGGAGCUGCUCAAAGAGUCUAAGAAUAGACUUUCUGUAGAAGUGCUGCUGUAGGCCAAACCGUUAAAUCUGAAGACAAAGCAUUUAAACUCCAAAAUAGUAAUUGCUGAGUAAGCUUAAGGUGAUGCAUCUUCCAUUGCCUGUACACUCAUUCUGUUUUAAUGUCACUAAAACAUUACCAUUUUACUUUGCCAUCAUAAUAAACGUAAUGGUAAAAUUAUGUUUAAGUUGACAAAGUUUUACCUAGCAUUACUCUCUUAAAGAACUUUGAAUUUCUGUCUACUAAAAUUAAACUAAUAAUGUGUAGCUCAAAAUAUUGAUAGGUUGAGACAAAAAAGGUUAAGCAUAAUAGAGCACCUCCCUCACACACUGUUAUUGCCUUUUCAUUCCUCAUCUAGAUUUAUUUUCUUUUAGUUCAUACUUUCCUUUGACCCCCAUUAUCCAUACGCAAAUUCUUUUCGUUUUCUACUCGCACAGCAGUCGAUGCAAAAUUGAAGCUGAACAAAGUUUGCAUUAAACAUGCUUGCAUCACUUUUGUGUUAGGUAUCAUCGACCCCUUCGGUUUCCCCCUGGUUUUUUGUGCAUGCUGUUUUCGGUGAACUGCAUAGCAUGAAUUCUUGCAUGCAUGCACAUGAUGCCUUGAGUGACUCGCAAAGAUAGGAGGGUAUAGAUCUUGUAAGAACUCUCAGAUUGAGAUGCUCUGUACAAAAAAAAUUGUCAUUUUUUUGCAAAUUUUAAAUAUCAUUGUUUCAAUGGUAAUGAUCUCAAAUAAAGUGCAGUCUAAAACAC